AUGGCUCCGUCAACCAGCAGUGCGCCUGCGCUUCUCUUGCUGCCCGUACCUCCUCUCCCACUUAAUCCUCACUCUCUCGCCGCCGCCUACCGAGCGCCUUUAACGGCGGUUCUCAAGCGCCUCACCACUGGCAUCAACGGCAACAGCAAUAUCAACAACUCCGAUACCAGUCCCAGCACCGGCGCCAGCCAUGUUCUCGUCAUUGCAAUCGCCUGUCCUCUUCUCACAGGCCCCUCACCGAGACGCAAAUCCCUAAACUGGAAGGCGGCGCAAUCUCUUCUCGCCCGCAUUUACACACUCACUGCGGCCAUUUGUGAUGAGCUGGCCAUUAACACAUCAGGGGAACCGGGCAGUAGCAGCCUCGAUCCGCGCGUUGUGCUAGUCGACCAUGAGCGACAGAGGACGUAUCAACGCAAUUUUGAUGGAGAUUAUGAAGCAAAUUGCACGCCCGUGUUGGACCUGGCCGCCUUUGCCUCGAAGGUGUAUCCUUGGAGGGCGGUAUUCCACCCGAGCACUGAGGCGGGCUAUGAGCUCCUCAACGCUUUCUUGGAAUAUUCACAGGGGAAGCAGACUCUCCUUCAAAGCCAAAUGAUUGCUGUUGAAGGCGGCAUCACCAUGUCCACCAGCGAAGCCCCACCUGUUGCUCAGCAGGAUUUCAUCAAAGGCUACGAUACAGUUUGUCUGGGUGGCACGUUUGACCAUCUUCAUGCGGGACACAAACUCCUUCUCCACGCCACUGCUUUGCUCAUGGGUAUCCCUGAAAAACACACGGGGAAGCACUCUGUUCUCAUUGUCGGGAUUUCCGGAGAUGAGCUGCUAAAGAACAAAAAGUACGCUCAAGUGCUGCAGCCGUGGGAUGUGCGCGCAAACCAAGUCCUGCAGUUUCUCUCCACCAUAUUCAACUCGGCUUCCUCGUCCAACACAAAUACUUUACCACCCACAUCUACUCCCUCGCCGGACGAGCUUCAUGCCACAUUCCGCGACGGCACAGUGCUGGUUCGCUGUGUGAAUAUUCAUGACCCCUUUGGCCCAACCAUCACGGAGGAAAUCAUGGAUGUAAUUGUGGUUUCUGGAGAGACACGGAGUGGCGGGCAGGCUAUCAAUGAUAAGAGAACCGAGAAAGGAUGGAAACCGCUAGAGGUCUUUGAGAUUGACGUUCUGGAUCCAAGCGAUAUCACAGAGGAUGGCAGUGGAACGGCGAGCAAUGGAUUUGCGUCCAAGAUUAGCAGCACGGCAAUCCGGCAGCGAAUAGCCCAAGCCAAGGGAGAAUCGCAAUAG